GAUGGUGAGUUGCUCCGCCGUGGUGAGUUAGUCUUUGUUGAGAAAAAAUGUCGACGCGAAAAAAGGUUUUAAUGCAUUAGUCAGAAAGUCUGGCAUUCUUAGUUUGUUGCUAAAACUAAAAAGCGCAAUUGUUUGGCAUUUUGGCGGCGAGCGAGACCAGUGCGCGGCUCCAGCGGCCCAAGAUUAUGUAAAUGCAGCCCGUGGCCCCAGCGGCGAACUGCAAAUAAACAGCAAGCAAAGCGAGCUGCUCUGCUCCACUUGGCCCCAUCCACUUGGUCGAAAAAGCGAGCGGACGGACGGACGGAACGGACACGGUGGCGUUGGCAAAGUGAAACCCCCACACGGAGAGAGAAAGAGAGAGAGAGGGAGGUGAAAGCACACACACACUCGCACUCGCAAGCGAAGAAGAGCGCUAGCAAAAGAGAAACCCCGAGGAGGAGCAUCCGCAUCCCACGAUGGACAACAACUGCGACCAGGACGCCAGCUUCCGGCUGAGCCACAUCAAGGAGGAGGUCAAGCCGGACAUCUCGCAGCUGAACGACAGCAACAACAGCAGCUUCUCGCCGAAGGCCGAGAGUCCCGGUCCCUUCAUGCAGGCCAUGUCCAUGGUCCACGUCCUGCCCAACUCAGGCUCAGGCUCAGGCUCCAGCAAUAACAACAGUGGCGGCGGUGACUCGCAGAUGGCGCAGGCGCCCAAUUCCGCCGCCGCUGCAGCCGCUGCAGUGCAGCAGCAGUAUCCGCCCAACCAUCCGCUGAGCGGCAGCAAGCACCUGUGCUCCAUCUGCGGCGACCGGGCCAGCGGCAAGCACUACGGCGUGUACAGCUGCGAGGGCUGCAAGGGCUUCUUCAAGCGCACGGUGCGCAAGGAUCUCACAUACGCGUGCCGCGAGAACCGCAACUGCAUCAUCGACAAGCGGCAGCGGAACCGCUGCCAGUACUGCCGCUACCAGAAGUGCCUCACCUGCGGCAUGAAGCGCGAGGCGGUGCAGGAGGAGCGUCAGCGUGGCGCCCGCAAUGCGGCAGGCAGGCUGGCGGCCAGCGGAGGAGGCGGCGGGGGCAGCGGUACCGGCUCCCUGGGCGGCUCCAGCGGAGGUGGCGGUGGAGGAGGAGGAGGAGGAGCUGGCGGCGGAGGAUCCGGGAUGCCCCCUGGCAGCGGCAACGGCUCCGAGGCCGACUUCAUGGGCAACAGCGGCGUGGCCAGGGACUUCUCCAUCGAGCGCAUCCUGGAGGCCGAGCAGCGCGCCGAGACGCAGAGCGGCGACCGGGCGCUGACCUUCCUGCGCGUCGGCCCCUACUCCACCGUGCAGCCGGACUACAAGGGCGCCGUGUCCGCCCUGUGCCAGGUGGUCAACAAGCAGCUCUUCCAGAUGGUCGAGUACGCGCGCCUGAUGCCCCAUUUCGCCCAGGUGCCGCUGGACGACCAGGUGAUCCUGCUGAAGGCCGCCUGGAUCGAGCUGCUCAUCGCGAACGUGGCCUGGUGCAGCAUCGUCUCGCUGGACGAUGGCGGUGGAGGAGGAGGAGGAGGAGGAGGCGGCGGCCACGACGGCUCCUUCGAGCGGCGCUCGCCGGGGCUGCAGCCGCAGCAGCUGUUCCUCAACCAGAGCUUCUCGUACCAUCGCAACAGCGCCAUCAAGGCCGGCGUCUCGGCCAUCUUCGACCGCAUCCUCUCCGAGCUGAGCGUGAAGAUGAAGCGCCUGAAUCUGGACCGACGCGAGCUGGCCUGCCUGAAGGCGAUCAUACUGUACAACCCGGACAUACGCGGCAUCAAGAACCGGGCGGAGAUCGAGAUGUGCCGCGAGAAGGUGUACGCCUGCCUGGACGAGCACUGUCGUCUGGAGCACCCCGGCGACGACGGACGCUUCGCGCAGCUGCUGCUGCGCCUGCCCGCGCUGCGCUCGAUCAGUUUGAAGUGCCAGGACCACCUGUUCCUCUUCCGCAUCACCAGCGACCGGCCGCUGGAGGAGCUCUUCCUCGAGCAGCUGGAGGCGCCGCCGCCGCCUGGGCUGGCAAUGAAACUGGAGUAGGCAUUGUGAUUGCGUUUGUUGGCAUUUCUCCUCUCUAUAUCCUCUCCCCCCCACGAUAUCCUCCAAAAGCCCCUCUAAUAUUACGCUAAAUGUGUAUGUAAUUGUUUAUUUUUUUUUAUUACCUAAUAUUAUUAUUAUUGAUGUAGAAAAUGUUUUCCUUAAGAUGAAGAUUAGCCUCCUCGACGUUUAUGUCCCCGUAAACGAAAAACAAACAAAAUCCAAAACUUGAAAAGAACACAAAACACGAAAAAAGAGAAGAAGCACACAAGCAAGUAAAAGUAAAAGUUAAAAGUAAAAGUUAAACUAAAGCUAAAUAUAUAAAGGUUAAAAUUAAUGAAUAGUUACGAUCUACAGACGUAUGUAAACAUACAAGUUCGGUAUACAUAUGCAUAUAUGUCGGCAGGCGCAUUUCUGCGGUGCUGGCCCCGUUCUAAAUCAAUUGUAAUUACUUUUUAACAUAAUUGUACCCAGGCGUUAUUAAUUACAUGCGAGAUACAAAACAGACGAAAAGCAACAAAAAUUAUCUAUGUAUAAAAUAUAAACUGCAUAACAAGA